CUGCGCUCCGCACCGGCCCCACCCGGCGGAGCGCGGCGCGGGGCAGGAAGGGGUGGAGCGGUCGGCGGAGCGCACGGCGGGGAGGCAGGAGGCCAGAGCACACGGCAGGGCCGGGGGCGGGCGGGCGGCGAGAGAGGCGGACCGGCCAUGCCGAGGCCGGCCGGCGCCGCGCCUCCCCGGAGCUCCCACGUCGAGCGGCUGCCCGGCCGGCCCCGCUGAGCCCACGGCCCCGGCCGGCCGCCCGCGGCCGCCCCCGAUGGAGCCCGAGGAGCGGAAGAUUUCGGUGUGGAUCUGCCAGGAGGAGAAGCUCAUCUCCGGGCUCUCCCGGCGGACCACCUGCUCGGACGUGGUGCGGGUGCUGCUGGAGGACAGCCACCACCGGCGGCAGCGGCCGGCGCCGCCCGAGCCCGGCGGCGGGAUGCUGUCGGGGCCGCCGCACUCGUACUGUAUCGUGGAGAAGUGGCGCGGCUUCGAGCGGAUCCUCCCCAACAAGACGAAAAUUCUGCGGCUCUGGGUGGCGUGGGGGGACGAGCAGGAGAACGUGCGCUUCGUGCUGGUGCGCAGCGAGGCCUCGCUGCCCAACGCAGGGCCGCGCAGCGCCGAGGCGCGGGUGGUGCUCAGCAAGGAGCGCCCCGGCCACGGCCUGGGGGCGGCCCGCGGCAGCCUGGCGCUCACGCAGGAGCGGCAGCGGCGGGCGGUGCGGAAAGCCUUCCGCAAGCUGGCCAAGAUCAACAAGAAGCGGCAGCAGCCGCUGGCCCGGGAGGCCUCGGCGGCGGAGAAGAUGGAGACGCUGGUGCACCUGGUGCUCUCGCAGGACCACACCAUCCGCCAGCAGAUCCAGAGGCUGCGCGAGCUGGACCGGGAGAUCGACAGGUACGAGGCCAAGAUCCACCUGGACCGCAUGAAGCGGCACGGCGUCAACUACGUGCAGGACACCUACCUGGUGGGCGCCGGCGGCGGGGAGCACGAGCCCGAGCCGGAGCCCGAGCCGGGCCAGGAGGCGCCGCCCGCCGCCGGCCGCCCCGAGGAGGACUACGCCAGGAAGUGCGAGGCGGUGCUGCAGCUGCAGGAGCAGCGGGCGCAGCAAGAGGAGCUGCUCGAGCACCUGGCCGCCGAGAUCCAGCAGGAGCUCAACGAGCGCUGGAUGAAGCGGCGGCGGGAGGGGCUGGAGCUGGCCGCGGGGCCCGGCCUGGCCGAGACGGAUUGCGACACCACCGAGCUGAGCGGCGGCGGCGAGGGCGAGCUACAGCUGGAGCACGAGCGGGUCAGGACGCAGCUGAGCACCAGCCUCUACAUCGGCCUCAAGCUCAGCACGGACCUGGAGGCCGUCAAGACCGACCUGGACUACACGCAGCGGGCGUGGGAGGACAGGGAGCGGGAGCUGCAGAGCCUGGUGGAGACGCUGGGCACCCUGGACGGCGCCGACAACGACGAGGACUCGGACACGGGGCUGAGCUCCAUGCACAGCCAGGACUCUGACUCGCUGCCCGUCUGCGAGUCCCUCGUCUAGCGCCCGCUGCCGGGCCGGGGAUGCGGGGUGGCCGCCGCCCCGCCGCCCGUCGGGGGUGCGCGGCUGCCCGGCCCGGCCGCGGCCAAGCCCCCGCCUGUGGGGCGGCCCCGAACCGCGCCCGGCCCCUCGCAGGGCCCCCCGGCACCCGAAAACUGCUGAUCGUCUACGAGCCGGCGGGGGAUAGAGGUGUCCCUGCUGCUCAGGUGCCAAUGCUAAGCAUUAGGGAACGCGCUGCAGUUCCUUCUGGCAACGAAAAGGGGUGAUCAAUCACUUAUUCCAAAAGGGCAAACUAAGGCAAAUCAGAGAUGAACGUCCCGUAUGAACCAACUCUGCGGAGCGCUUUUCCCUAUGCAUAGAUAAGAGUGUUUUGUUUAAAGGCACACUAAGAAAUCUAUUAGUAUCAGCAUUCCUUUGACAGUAAGUGAAAGCAAUUAGCAGAGCCUGUAUGUACACAGCCUUCGACUACGGUUUUUCACUAGGCUAGCUAAUACUUGGCUGAGCUUGGCUGUAGGUAAACAAAGUACAGAAUCAGCUUGAGCUACCGUUUUUAAUAAUAUAGUUUGUAUCAGGCCAAGAGAUUACAAUGAUAAAAGCAUGACUCAAGCCCUAGCUGCACUGCAGCUUAAUCUUUUCAGUUAUUCUAAUAAAAAAAGGCAUCAGCUGUAACAUGCAUUUCACUUAACUGCCAAAUCUUCCUCUGCAGCUUAACUCUUACCGAAAAUACGUGAUUGGCUCUUACAAUAAGAGAGAUUAGGAUUGUUGUAUUUCUGAAUAAUUACAGAGAUGGUUUAAACAGUAAGAGACCAGAGAAUGUUUAGUCAGGCCUGUCUGAUGGUGUGAACUUGUUAAAACUUCUGAGAUUAUUAUUUAUGUAAGGCUAUUAAUGAAAGUUUUCAUUUAAUGAUAAGAAAGUAUGAAAAUAUGAAAAGAGAUAUAUCAACACACCAAUUCUUUACUUUGUACAAAAACCUUGCAGCUGCCCCUCCCGAAGCCUGGGUCCCACUCCCCAGCAGUGUGCUCGCUAGUAGGAUUCUGCAGGAUGGCGAGGAACAGGGUCUGCAGCCAGGCAGCUGGAAAGCCAUAGGAGAAAUAUUGUCUGGAGAUCUGCUGAGGCUGUAAAACUUGUGUACUAUCAUUCUUGAUAAGUGUUAUUCCACUGAAUGGGUUUUGGUUAAAAAAAAAUGUGGUUUAUUUUAAACAAUGAUUAUAUAAUUGUUUUGCAUAUUUUAGCCAAAUUUGGAAAAUAUUUAAGAACCUAUUUUUAGACGUAAUAAACUUCUUAAUAAGACUAAA